AUGGAACAUUUUAGGAAAUAAGAUCAAUUUAGAUAUUUUCUAAAUUCUCUAUAUCCUACGCGAAUUCACCCCCUGCGUUGGCUCCUUUCCAUAUUAGAAGUCUAGUGGGAUCAGAACUCUUCUUUCCCGUUCCCAAUAAAACAAAUCUCUCCCUUUCUUGUUCAUCCAUUCUCUUCUUCAAAGCCAGACCGGUGUACUUACUCAUAAAGAUUAAAGAAGGUUUGUGAUUCUAGUGUUUUGCCAGUUUGGGGAUGCAUUUGAGAAUAUUCUUGAACCUGUUUCACAAACACUGGGGAAGCAUCUUCAAUCCCUGAUCGAAAGAGUGUCUGGUUUUCAUAUGAUUUGAAGAGGUUUAAGAAAAGGGGUUUAAGAAGAGGGGUUUAGUAAGUUUAUUGCUGAAGGGGUCUCCGACCCGUUGGGGGAUUUUGAAAUUUCAAACAGAUUCAGUAUGAAGUCGAGUAACAGAGCUUUGAAUGGGAAUUCUGGAAAAUAUGAUUUCGGUUCGGUGAGAAAGGUUAAGAUUAUGUACGAUGAUCCUGAUGCGACAGAUUCUGAUGAGGAAGAUGACGAUUUAUAUACCCACAACCGGAUUAAGCGCGUAGUUAAGGAAGUGAUCAUUCCAAUCGCCCCACGUCAUCAAGAACAGCCUGAAAAACAUUCAGUUCAAGAAGAACGGCCUUUGCCGAAAGGCGUCAGGCGGAGGCCAUGGGGGAGAUUCGCGGCUGAGAUUAGAGACCCCAUUAAGGGGAAGAGAAAAUGGCUGGGCACUUUCGACAGUGCCGAAGAAGCUGCCAUUGCUUACGCCACCCGCAAGGCUGAAAUCGAAAGCCUUCUCACUUCAGAAAAGUGCAAAGAUCCAACCUUUUCAGCCUCCCCGUCCUCUGUCCUAGACGCAACCCUGCCCCCGCCGCCGCCGCAACUGCAGGCGGCGGCCAAUGGCAAAGAGAAUACUGGGAUUGAUGACCCAAUGCCGCUGCUGGUGCCAGGUGGCGUGAGCCAAGCGCUGGCCUUUCUUGAUGACUUGGAGGAAAAAGCCAGGGACUGGAAUGACUUGAGCAGCUUAGGAUUCGAGGAGGUUUCAGGGGAAGCAGCGUAUCAGAGCUGCAUCAGUGAAGAACAGGCGGCGCUUCAUAUGACCUUUGAUGAUUUCAGCCAUUGUUUCGCUAAUUUAAAGUCUGGGGAUAAUCUUGGUUUCAGUAGUAGUGAUGGGUUUUUGGAUGAGAUGAUAAUAGAGGAAAGUGUUUUCCCGCAGCAGGAUUUUGAUGUUCAAAUGGCAGAGCUCAACACAGAAGAGCGGCAAUGGCUGGAUGAGGUAAUCAUAACGUCGGACUAACCAUUCUUUUUGUUUAUUAUUAUUUUGCAGCAGCUCGCGCUCAAGCUAAGCAGCCACUACCACCAUCGUCUAAAGUGUAUAAUAAUAUGAUUAUAUGAUGAGCUU